AGUCCUUACUCUAAUAGUAUCCAACCGUUGUAUGGUAGGAGCAACUGAGGAGACAGGCCGUGCUCCGUUGAAGGUGCCCCGAGUCCAAAAGCCAUCCCUUUGCCCAAUAAUAACACGUAUCAUAGUCCUUUUCAUAGCCCUCACCAUCAGUCUAGGAACAGCCUGUACUUGGUGGUCAUGGGGAUACUCAUGGGUAGUCGAGGAAAGCAUUGGCAUAUACCCAAUAUACGAAUGUCCACAGUUAGCUCACACCUUUGCCGCGAGCCUAGAGGUCCCAGACGGCCCUCGUUGCCAGGUCUCCCUUCCUUACAGAACCGCUGCUGUGGCCAUCAUAGCAGAGAACGGUUUCGCGGUGUCUGAGAACUCCAACUUGAAUGAACGUCGUGGCAAGUGCGUGAUACCGUCUAGAGCCCAUCACGAGACCGACAUUGUUUGUUACUCACUAGAUUACUGCGGCAACACAUGCCAUGUAUCGGGCUCAUCACGGAGAUGCCCUGACCCCUCGAGCCUCGAUGAUGAUGAGGCCUACGGUGCUGUACCACUCCAGUGUGAUAUCCUUGUUGGUCGUAGGACAGACCACUCACCUGUGGUGGUUACCAUGAACUGUGCUGAUAUCCUCGAUGGCUCUUACUGCAACAAUGACUACAGUGUAUCCCCUUCCAACAUAGUGGCGAUGAGAGGCCUCAUCGCUGGUGUGGUCCUUAUUGUCAUCUUCUGGUUCGUGGCUGAGCUCAUACUCCGUCAUGUCGACAUCAACCUCCGCAAGGAGAAGGCGGAGGGUCUGGCCAAGAUGGCUGUUGAGCUCCCUGAGAAGCGAGCGUACCUGAGAGCUCAGAUAGAGCUGAGAUGGGAUGAGGAGGCACAGCUAGCGUACAAGGCCGAUAGUGAUACCUCCUCUAUAUCUGGCACAGCAUACGAUCUAAGUUCCGUCUACAGUCACCAGAUGGGGUCUGCUGCUCCUACUGCCACUACUGCUAUCACUCCUAGAGCGACACCGAGGAGCUUUGCGGCCUUCUCGCCGGUCCCUCACACAUCAUCAUCUGGUCAUCACUCAUCGACACCUCUAGGCUCAGGACCAUAUGACAGCGUUGGUGGGAGUGCUGGGCUAAUGGACAGCAAAGUGAGAUCACAGCUACGAUCAAGAGACCCUAGGAAGCGGUAUGAGAGUAACGCUUGGAGGAGGAGACUGAGGCAGUGGAAGGAACUGAGGGAACAGAAGCUGACCACCUUCCUCACCAAGCAACGCUUCCGGACCAUCCUUCUGAACAUAUUCUUCCUAUUACUUAUAAUUAUUACGCUCUACCUGAUAAUAUAUUUCUCACCACAACAGAUGAAGAGCAAACGAACGGCAUUGGAUGCUCUCUUUGGGAACAUAUCUAUUUGGCGUAUGUCGUCAUGGUUGGACCUCCUUAUUUUUAUUGACGUCAUAUUGGACACCUUCCUCUUCCUUAUAGCCUGCUGUGUGGUGAAGUGGCCAAGAGCGCCGGUGUUCAGUCGACACCUUCAGGUUGCUAUGAAGAUAGCAGUCGAUGAAGUAGCUAACGAAGGGUUGGAGGAGGGUCGUGGGUACGAGGAAGACCACGCCUCCCCAAUGGGUAUUCAUAACGUUGGUGACGAGGCGGUGGACCUCAACAUCAGUCGCGACAGCAGCGAGGAUACGGUCACCGCUGACUUUGUUAUGAACCAGUCAAUGACCAGAGAUUGCUGCCUGAUGGUCGCCUGCCAUAUGUCCACGAUGACAGCGGAGCGUUUCGAUACCUUUACUACCACACUACGAUCAGCUAUGAUGGUGUUUCCUCCUGGUCACAUCUUUGUCUGUGACAACGGACCAAGCCUCUGCCCACAGGACCAUACACAGUGGGCUGUUCAGCAGGUCCAUCCUGAUAUCAAUUACUUAUACAUUCCUGAAGGUAAUAAGACCUUCGCCUUCUACUGGUGCAACAAGUAUUGGAUACCGUUCCUCUCGCGGUAUUCUAGAGUUAAGGACUUUAGGUUUGCAGUCAUCAUUGAUGAUGAUGUCCCCCUGCCUCCAGAUCUUCAUAUCCCCCAGGAGCAUCUUGAAAAGGACCAUAGCAUAAAAGCUGUGCACUUCCCGAUCACAGCUGCAUCGCCAGAUGGGCGGCCGAACCUUCUGGUUAGGUGUCAAGAUGUGGAGUAUAAGAUGGCUGCAGUCCACAAGUUACUACAGGCUACCAUGUCUAGGUGUUUGUCAUGUCAUGGUGCCAUCGCCCUUUGGGACCGAGAAGCUCUAGAUGAGGUUUUCUAUGAGCAUGAUACGGUCUUCAAUGGCGAGGAUAUGUACAUGGGGCUAUCACUGCUCCGUAAAAGGGACAACUCUAAGAUCAUAUCCUGUGCUCAAGCCGUCGUUCCUACUUAUGCACCUGAUUCCUGGACGGUAUUGUUCCGUCAACGUGUGAAGUCAUGGGAAUUAACGUCUCACAAGAAGACAUUCUCAUAUUUGUUUGAAGUAUUCCAUCCUGCAUCAUUCUGCCAUGUCGCUAGUCUAGCGUUGAAGCCGUACUUCAUGCAGGAGUUACUGGCAAUCGUUCUCGAUUGGCUCCGAGUGUUCCUCCUUUGUGGCCUACUACUAAGAGACUGGGUCGGUCUGUUGAUGAUGACCAUGGUCUUCACGGCCCUUCUCUAUUUCGUUGUCGCUGUAUUCCAAAUCGUCGUGCUGCGUGAGAGGAAGGAGCUACGUAGUACACUGUGCACGUGCAUAACCUUCCCUUGGUAUCGUCUAAGUGGAUUACUCUUCCGACUUGGAGCACUCUGCCAGAAUUUACUCGUCUAUAGUCAUGAACGCACCAACAUUAAAAUUGGUGUUCGAGAGGAUGAGAUAAGGGACAUCCCCCCAUGCCCCCCUCAUCCUGAUGUCGAUUGGUUCACAGUGUGGGUUCAGAGUGAGCCCGUUGAGAAGCCUAUUACGGCAUCUCAUGCCUUGCCUAGAUCUCGUCGAGGCGCAGCAGCCUCUCCGAGCACAGUGGCAUCAUCUCCUGCAUCACUACUACGCUCAGGAGUGCUCACUGGCCCAUACAAUAAUCACCACUAUCAUCAUUAUCAACAACAACAGUAUCAUGGUCACUACGUCGUGAGAGACUAGAAUGCUGGUUACCCCCAGUAAUCCCCAAGUUGUCUCUCUGUGUCCACUACCCCAUGACUAAGUACCGACUAGAGUAAUUGUCAUCACAACAACAGUAGUGGCAAAUGUCGUCUACAAUUCUGUGCAUGAGUGCAUGUUCUCGUAUUGUAUAUCAAAUGAUGAAUAAGUCGAAUCUAUUUUUGUUAUCUACUCUCUAUUUUUGUCGUUUCGUCUUUGUAUCGAAAUCGUUUGUCAUAAUCGUAGAAAUUAUCAUCACCAUCACCGUCACCACCACCACUAGCAGCAGCAAACUGCAGUAUCGUCAGCUUAGUGUCUUCCUAGUCACCAUCGUCCACUCGUCCUCUUGACUCGUACAUCUCGUAAAUGAAAUCCGUCUCUUUU